GUCCAAGCAGCUGGUGACUUGGUUUAAAGUCUUUACAGAAACAGAACAAGAUGAAAACUUUGCUUUUGUUGCUUCUCUUCUGUCGUGUUUCAUCAACCGUGAAACACUCACUGAGAUAUUUCGUCACUGGAUUCUCUGGAGUCUCAAACCUUCCAGAACUUGUGGCUGUUGCAUCGAUUAAUGGCGUCCAGGCUGGAUACUGUGACGGCACCAACAAGAAAUUAGAACAAAAACUGGACUGGGAGAAAAAAGUCUUUGAAAAUGAUCCAGAUCAAUUAAAGAUGUACACUCAUCAUUGUUUUAUGGAUUAUCCUCACCGAUUCAAAACCACAAUGUUCAGUCUGAAGCAGGUGUUCAACCAAAGUGAAGGUGUUCACAUUUUACAGCUUAUGCAAGGCUGUGAAUGGGAUGAAGAGACUGGAGAGGUGACUAGCUUCAUGCAGUAUGGUUAUGAUGGAGAAGACUUCAUUGUGUUUGAUCUGAAGACAUCAACAUGGAUCACUCCUAAACCUCAGGUUGUUUCCAUCAAACUGAAAUGGGAUUCAGAGAUAGGGAGAAUAAAAUACAAUGAGCAGUUCUUCACUCAGACUUGUCCUAAGUGGUUAAAGAUGUAUUUGCACCAUGGGAACAGCUCUCUGUUGAGAAUAGACGUCCCCUCAGUGUCUCUCCUCCAGAAGACUCCCUCCUCUCCAGUCAGCUGCCACUCUACAGGUUUCUACCCUGACAGAGCCAUGAUGUUCUGGAGGAAAGAUGGAGAGGAAAUUCAUGAAGGAGUGGAACGUGGAGAGAUCCUCCCCAACCAUGAUGGAUCCUUCCAGAUGAAUGUUGACCUGGACAUUUCAUCAGUCUCACCUGAAGACUGGAGGAGGUACGACUGUGUGUUUCAUCUCUCUGGUGUGGAGGACGACAUCAUCACCGAACUGGAUGAAACACAGAUCAGAACCAACUGGGAGAAGCCCAUGACCACCAUCACCAUCAUCAUCUCUGCAGUGGUUGUUGUUGUCGUCGUCUUUGCAGCAGCUGCUGGAUUCAUGGUUCAUAAAAAUAAACAAGACCAACGUCGUCCACCUGAUAGUGAAGUCAGCUCUGAGCUCUCUGAGAGACUGGAUCCAGAAACCUGAAAAAGAAACACCAUGAAUUUCUUUAUAUGGGAUCAUCUUUACUAAAUUGUUGUCAGUUCUUGAAUAGAUUUGUUCUAUUUUAAAGUUCAUGUGAAUGAGGAAGUGGAAUUUCAAAUAUGCCUUUUUAUUCCUCUGUCACAUGUUUACUUUUGAGAAACCAAAAACUUUAUGACUUGAUUCAAUUUCCACUUUUGGUUGGCACAGCCACCACAAAUCCAGUCAGCAGGUUUCAGUUAAACACAUUCACAUCAGUCCAAGCAGCUGGCGACUUGGUCUAAAGUCUUUAUAGAAACAGAAAAAGAUUUAAAUGAUUUUUAUCAGGAUCAAUUUAUUCCAUUUCAAAUGAUCUCAUCAACCGUUUGUGAUUUCUCCAGACUGUUUCCUUCAUUUACUAAGAGUGACUCUUUUACUCUGUUUGGUUUCAGACCUUACAGAACUCUCUGAGAGACUGGAUCCAGAAACCUGACUAACAAAUACCAUGAGUUUCUUCAUAUGGUAUCAUCUUUAUUAAAUUGAUGUCAAAGUUGUUGAAUAGAUUUGUUGUGUUUUAGAAUUGACUGUAACUUAAACAUUUGAUACUGGAUCACAUCAUCAACCAGUGGAGUUUACAGUUAGAGACCAGAUCAGAUGACGUCUAGUGGAACCAGGUACUGAUGGUGGUUUAAUCACUGAGCAGGAAAUCACAUUCAUAUAAAAGUGUUUGUUCAGUCAACUGUAAUAAACUCACAAACUUACAAACGUCUUGUAAUAAACUCUGAAUUAUUUAUUGUGUUUCCUUAAAUUAUAUUUAGCUUCUUUGCUUAAAUUGCAAUAAUUUCCACAUAUAUUGAACAUUUUGUCUGUUGUUCAGCAAUGUUUGUUGUCAUUUUUAUUCUGCACCUUUCAUCUAUUUUUGAGUUUAUGCACAAAGUAUUUGUUAAGGAUAUAAUUUUCUUUAAUGUUCGUAUUUCUUAUUUAUGAAAAAGGAAACAUAAAAUCUUCUCUUUCUUUGUACAUAGUUGUUACAUUUUCACAGUGUAAAACACUCACUGAGGUGAUCAGUUUGCUGUUGUUGUUGUCGCCCUCUGGUGGACAGAUGGUGGACCUGAGGCUCCCACUCCAAACAUUGCACACAUCCAGUGACGGUUCUAACUUGAAAAUAAUUGCAUAAGGAUAACCUAACAAUGGCAAUAAGCACGUCACAGUGAUUACUUUUUAAUAUCCUCCCUGUAAGGUCUGUGUGGAUGAGGAAGUGAAAUUUAAAAGAUCCUUUUUUUAUCCUCUGUCACAUGUUAACCUGAUGACCCACUGCAGCAGUUUGGUGUACCACACAGUACAUCUGGUAAAAGGUUUUCAGGACAAACAAGAGCCUUUUUAAAUAAUAUGGGUGGUGUUCACUGUCCAGCCCAAGUCCUCUGAGAUGUGCAGACUCAGGAACUUACAGAACUGGAAUCUAGAGCCUGGGUGUGGAUGUAGUUCUUACCCCUAGAAUGACAUGGUAAAAAAUUCCUUUUAAUGCUGACAUCAGUAUAUAUGUGGAAUUACAGUCUGAAUAAAUCUCUUUAUUGAUCUUA